AUUAAACUUACGUGGAAUAAAUGAUAAAAUCCACAAAAACCCAGUGUGAACAUCAGGAAAAUCCAAAAAACCGUAUUGACAAUAUAAUUAACAUCAACAUCCUUAAGGAAUAGUUCCAAUCUUGAAUUUGCCAGUAUCGUUUUUGGUGAAUCAAAAUAAAAUAUUUUUGAAAUUUCGGGGCAAUGGAUUCACCAAAGAUGGUUUUUAUUGAUAAUACACCAAAAGAUCCAGUUGAGAUGUUUUCAAAUAUAUUAAAAGCUUACAAAACAGCAAAGCCUGAGGAACUAUUUAUUCCUAUGAGUAUUUCUACAAUUGAUGAUGAAUUUGGAACUUUAAACCGUACUAUUGUGUAUCGGGGGCUUGUAGACGGCGAUGUAAUUUUCGUUUCUGAAAGAAACAGUGUCAAAUAUGCAAAUUUAAUAAAAGAUCCAAGAAUUGCAGCUUGCUUUCUCCUUUGUAUGAAAGAUCAAAAUGGAAUCGAUGUAGUUUGGCAGAUCCGUAUCAUGGGAAAAGCUGUAGAGCUACCAGAAAAUCAAAUAGCAAAUCUUUAUACCGAAGAACCAGUUUAUGCUAAAAUCCGUAAUCGAAUUAAUGUAUCUGGUAAGCCAGUAAAUUUUGCUGAACAAAAGGCUGCUUUCGAUAAACUUUUAAAGCAAUAUGAAGACGGACAAGAUUCACUACCUCAAACAAACUCAUAUACUGCCUUCAAAAUUGUACCAACUGUGUGGGACUUUUAUAAAUCUGAGCCAAAUAGUAUUGCUGAUAGAGUACAAUAUCGGAAAGGAAAAUCAAAUGACGAAAAAUGGUCUGUUAUGCAUGUUGCCAGUUAAUACAAAUUUGUAAAGUUAAAUUUAAAUUUAAGAAAAACAUUUGGAUAUAAAAAUAAAAAAUAAACUAAUUAUUAAAACAA